AAUAAAAGAAGAAAUAUACAUAUAUAAGAUGAUGAAGGCGCCAAUAAAAAAUCCAUCAAUUGGCAUUAAGCCUUCUCAGAAAAUGAUAGAUUUUAUAAAAUCGUUAAACGAUACCACAAUUGAUUUGCCCGAGAAUCUGCUGAAAAUUUAUAAAGCUAUUACACAAGACACUAGAAAAAGAGGUGUUUCUAAGCAAUCAAUUUUACUUAAAGGUUUUACUGAAGAAGAAAAGAAACUUUUAGUUGCAUUUUCGGAUGAUACAUUCCAAAAUACAACUGAUUUACAAAAUUGCAUAAAAUCCCUACAUCUAAGUACAUUCGAUGACAAUAAUGAUGAAAGCGAUUCGGACAUCGAAGAAGUUUCAAAGAAUAAACACAUAAGUAAUAAUAAGGCCCGUCAAAUGCGUGCAAGGCAACGAGAAAAAGAGAUAUCAAAACUUGCGCUCAAUUUAUCGGACCUGAAAUGGAUUCAUCAACACCUUUCAGAUACACGUAGAGAAAAUGAUUCUGUAAACUAUUUGCAUGAGCUGAUAGAAGGAUCUCUUAUAAUAUUACCAUCAAAUGAAUUUACUGAAAGAAAUCCAGAACUAGAAGAGCGAUGCCAGCGUCUGAAACGUGAACAAGAUGAACAAAAGUAUCGGCAUAUGACGAAAAAUGUUGACUGUUCAAGAUCAUAUGAACCAGAAGAAACAAUCGCAUAUCAAGUCAAACAAAUCAAUCGACAGUUGAUUGCUGUUUUACAGUUUGUAUUUUCUGUAGCUGCUGGCUUUGCAUUUGGUUUUAUUGGCGUUGAGUUGCUUGUGGGAAAUUUAGAUUUUGGAUUUCGAUUGCUAUUGGGAAUCAUUUGUGCAUUAAUUAUAGCGUUGGCCGAAAUUUAUUUCCUAGCUAAAAAACUAAACGAAGAACUUGAUGAUGUGAACCAAUCAGUAUAUAAUCAAGCAAUGGAUCUUAAAUCCAAUGGAUCCAAAGUUGAAACUGUUAAAGAGCAUAACGAUUAAUAUAUUAGGUAUACCUGGAGUUGAUCAGAAGAAUGGAAAACAAAUGGAAAUUAAUCAAAAAGUAGUGGAGCAGAAUGGAAAAUGACCACAACAACAUUGUUUUAAUUUCAGAUUGCGUCUUAGUAGUCACCGAUAAUACCUUAUUUUUCUUUGGAUGAAUAAAAAAAAUAAAUGAUUUAAAAUACCCA